GUCUGUCUCCUUGCUUGGUAGGCUAUAGGGGCGGGGAGAUUGUGGCAGCAGCAGGAGAACAGAGAGCAUGGCGAAGAACGAGCCGGUCGUUCCCACAGGAUUUCCUGAACUGAAGAAUGAUACUUUCCUCCGAGCGGCACAAGGAGAAGAGACGGAAUACACUCCAGUUUGGUGCAUGAGACAGGCAGGAAGGUACCUCCCAGAGUUCCGUGAGACCCGAGCAGCUCAAGAUUUCUUUGCUACAUGUCGGUCACCGGAGAGAUGUUGUGAACUCACUUUGCAGCCUCUGCAACGCUUUCCUCUUGAUGCUGCCAUCAUCUUCUCGGACAUCUUGGUGGUGCCCCAGGCACUGGGCAUGGAGGUAGAGAUGGUGCCUGGCAAAGGACCGACUUUCCCUGAGCCGCUGAAGGAGGUAGAGGACCUGCUGAAACUGCGACAGAAGGUAGAUGUGGCAGCAGAACUGGACUACGUCUUCAAGGCCAUCACGCUGACGCGGCACAAACUGGAGGGGAAGGUGCCUCUGAUUGGCUUCUCUGGUGCCCCAUGGACGCUGAUGUCCUACAUGAUCGAAGGUGGUGGCUCCAAAACCAUGGCCAAAGCCAAGGCCUGGCUCUACCGGCAUCCUAAGGCCAGCCACUGUCUCCUCACGUUAUUGACCGAGGUAAUCGUAGAUUACCUGGUGGGACAGGUGGCUGCUGGAGCUCAGGCUCUGCAGCUUUUUGAGUCCCACGCAGGACAUCUGGGGCCAGAGCAGUUUGCGGAGUUUGCCCUCCCAUUCAUCCAGUCCAUUGCCAAGCAAGUGAAGAGUAAGCUGCAGAAAGAUGCCUUACCUGCAGUGCCCAUGAUUGUCUUCGCCAAAGAUGCACACUACGCACUGGAGGACUUGGCACAGUCUGGGUAUGAAGUGGUCGGCUUGGACUGGACUAUCCGCCCCCAGGAAGCUCGCCAGCGGACAGGAAAAAGCAUUACUUUACAGGGGAACUUGGAUCCAUGUGCCCUCUAUGCACCAAAGGAGAAGAUUGGGGAGCUAGUGAAGAGGAUGGUGGAAGGCUUUGGUUCCCAGCGCUACAUUGCCAACUUGGGCCAUGGGCUCUAUCCUGACAUGAGUCCAGAACAUGUGGGGGCCUUUGUGGAUGCUGUACAUAUGCACUCUCGCCACCUCAACAAAAGCCAAUAAAGCCUUGUGGGAGCAGAGCCUAGGCUGGAAAGUGGACAAUGUGCUGAGCAUGUUGUACUCACGAGGUUGCAUACGGACAGGAACUUAUUUGUUAUUACUAUAAACCCAGCCAUCAAUGACAGCCAGGAAGGAGGGUGUAGCUGUUCAAUAGCACAUGAUUAAAAAUGUCUUUCUCCCCACUCACACUGGCACAAUGCUUGAGACGGCUGGAGUGGCUGGUCUUGUAAAGGAAUGGAGUGAAUGUGUCUCAUGGUGUAAAAUGUCUAACUUAUUCCUACAAGGUAGUAGUGCAAUUCCACUGACAAUCAAUGAACACCUUUUGCUUACAAUAGAA